AUGGCCGCGUUCGCAUGUUUCAGUAACAGUAACGAAAAAACAACAGCUUCGUACCGAGCACUUAUACAACGGUUAAGAGAUGAAGGCCAAAAGGCGAUGGCAAACCAACCCCCGAUUGUUAGCAUCGCUAGUUUCAAAUUUUAUUCAGCUCAUAAAGAGGAGUCACGACAUGUCUUUAAAGAUUUCAUUUACAAAUUGAGAAUGAAGAUGUUUGAGGAUCCCUACAUCCUGCUGUGUGAUAACCCUACGCCGAUAUUUAAAUGUUUCGUCCGACUCAUCCAGCGGUUGAAACUACGAGACGGUGUAGAAUCCAGUGCCUUCUACGGAGAAAUCAAAAAGGUCAUAACGGGUUUUAUGAAUUACUUCACAUUUGUAAUAGACGACGUGGUGAAGAAAAUUGACAAAUAUACGCACAUAUUGGAUAAUAAACUUUUUACAAGCUUAAUUGAUGAGACUAUGGAAAUUUUCGAAAAGAACCAAGCCGCUUUUCUCAAGGAAUAUUCACCCAUAAAAAAUGAUACAGAAAGGGCAAAUUACAAUCAGGUUAUAGAGGGGCAGGAAAAGUUUAUGGCCUAUCUAGAAGAUAUGAGAGUGACGUGGAAGACUAAACAAGACAAGUUUCAGAUAUUCGUAAUGGGCUGCUUUCAGGGUUCCCUACAGAAAAUGAGUAACUUGUGUAAUUUUGCGCAUUCUUAUUUAUCGAUCAUGUUGGCAGACAGACUGUAUGAGAUAUCUGUGAGUCUGGGAGAGAUAGUAGACCGAAUGAAUACAAACAUGCGCAAAUACAACGAGUAUUGUACGGAGAAGACGAAUGAGCUCAUUCAGAAUCUUUAUGACAAGAAUAAGGAACAUUUGGAGAUAUACAGACGUCUAGAGAGGCGGUCCGUGGAUUCCGCUGAAGUUUCAAGAACUAUAGACGUUCUAAGAGAAAAGAUAGAACAAUCAGGCAAUGAGGAGACCAUUGCGAGAUUGGAGUUAGAGACCCGGUACUGGAACAAACGAAUGAGGGACUUCAACGAGAUCGCCACCAUCCUUAUUAAGAUCCGUAUGGAACAAUACAAGUUGCAGCAGGACCUUGAUGAUUAUAAAACUAUAACGUGCAAGGACUUACCUGGCACGAAGACCAUGUGCUUCGAUAUGAUAGGCGAGAAUUUGAGAGAGAGACUUACGUACCUUCAGCGAAAAGAGCUGGAUAUGGCCAGAACCCUUAUAACGUAUUUCUGUGUUCGAGGAACAAAUCGCAUCCUAUACACGGACAGUGUCGGCUCGUACUACUGCGAUGAGUUCAACCAUCAGAACUACAUCACUAACUAUGGACUCAAGUAUUUCCAUGUCAACUGCUACGGAGACUUUCUGGAGAACUUGGAGACAGAACCGUACUACUUUGACGAACACGGUCGUUAUGUCAUAAGAGACGGUGAGAAGUUCCACCAGUGUGCGCCCUGCACCAGUCUGUACAAGAUGGGCGAUAAUGGACUCUUCAAGAAGGUCACUAAGGACUGCGGUCAUUCUGAGCGAGCCAAUCCUAAUUGUCGACUGGAGAUCAAGGACUUGACUGAUGUGGUCAUAUUGCCUAAGAAUGACCAUAUUGAUAUUACUGGAACUCUGGACGGUGAUUCAGUGAAGUUCCUAUGGGACAGCUUCGGUAUGAUACUGCCUGAAGUUUUGUACGCAGUCGCCACGAAACAGCCUAAGAACCCUAUACAUUUCAUGGCUCAUAUACUGAUCAACCGUAGGUUCGAAGCGACCAAGCAAGAGUUUGGUAAGCUGGCGAAGAAGGCGGACAAAUACCGCACUAAAUUCCACGAGGAACGCAAACAAAAAGCCAAGGAAGAGAGACAGGCAUGGAAAACCAAGUUGAUAAAAUAUGCUAAGGCUGGAGAACUGGAUGACACUCACCAACAACGAACCACCAUGCAAAGAGUGCAUGAUUUAGAGUACCUUAGCUUCUUAGAACAAUAUUAUUAG